AUGUCUAAAGCUAGCAAAAAAAAGAAAAAUUCUGGAAAGGCUCUUCUGGAAAGUUUUCUGAACUGUCACGUUUGUUCAGAGACUUUCAGCGAUCCUGUGUCUCUGAGCUGCAACCACAGCUUCUGUUCAAGCUGUCUGCAGAAAUUCUGGGAACAGACUAAGAACAAAAACUGUCCCAUCUGUAAAAGAAGAUCUUCAAAAGAUCGUCCACGGACAAAUUUUAGUCUAAAGGAGCUGGCUGACUCGUUUGCUGGGAGACUGAAAGUUGGAUCAUCUGAGACAGAAAAGGCAGCAAAUAAGGUGGAGGUGGUGUGUAGUAAACAUGACAAGGAGCCUGAAUUUUUCUGUAAAGAUGAAGAUCGAGCUGUGUGUCCUGUCUGUGAGUUUUCUCUCCACCAGACUCACACUGUGGUUCCUGUAGAACAAGCAGUCAGUGAUCUGAAGGAGCAGCUGAAAUCUGACUUAAACUCUCUCCAGGACAAGAGGAACAAACACAAACAAGUGGAGAAAACAUACAAUGAAGUGAUUCAACACUCCAAGAAGCAGCUGCUGUCCACAGAGAGACAGAUCAGAGCAGAGUUUAACAAGCUCCACCAGUUCCUGAAAGAGGAAGAGGAGUCCAGAUUGGAGGCUCUGAGGGAGGAAGAGGAGCAGAAGGGGAAGACUAUCAGCAGAGAGAUGAAGAGGAUUCAGGAGCAGAUCUCCUCUCUGUCAGACAGUAUCUGUGCUGUUGAAGAAGAGCUGCAGAAACACAGCGCGGCCUUCCUCAGCAGUUAA